CAGUAGUUUUCUCACUGAGGCACAGCAGACACGGCUCAACACGACAAGAAACUGAAACACAGUCUGACUUGCAAAGCAAGCCUAACCAGGAGCUCUCUCCGGCUUGUUUCCUGUACUUGGAGGCCAUCUUGAGUGGACGGAUUUACAGCUAUUGACAUUUGUCUUGCCUUUCUCAUUUGUUAGAGUUUCUUUUUUGUCCUCGGUGUGUUUCCUUGAAGUUUGGACGCUUUCCUCUUAAAAGCUGCUUUGGAGUAGUGAGGGAACAGGAAGCAGGAGGAGGAGAAGGAGGAGGAGGAGGAGAGGACGUUUCAUUUCAAAGCUUAACUUUAUCUGUAUUUGUCACCUGCUCCUUCUCUGAAAUGAAAGCCGUAUAGAGGACCUUUCUGUUAAAGGGAGGGCGAAAAGAAAGAAGAGCCACUUCCUGGAAAGGGAUCAGUUGUUUUUAAGCUCUAGUAGACAGAGACACACAGCAGGGACGGCCACUAUUGAUGAGUGAGUGACUGCUGGUGUGUGUAGGUGAGUUUGCUGCCUCACACUACCCAGUCUUAUCUCUUGACUGUCUUUGACUCUUCAGCAUGGCCAACGUCAGUCCCUUCAUAUCUCCGGGACACAUGUCCCAUGUCUUCUUCCCCCCGGGUGGCCCAUCUCCACCUGGGUCAGUGGUGAUGCAGCAGGGGACACCAGUCUCUGUCCAAACAUCUCAAACCCCGGGGUUCCCUACAGUGGACAUGGGAGUUGCUCCAGGUCCCGGCGGGGCAUCUGGAAUACCGCAUGGGCCUCCGGCACCAGCCGGUGUCUCCUUCAUGAUACAGAUUGGACUUACUAGAGAGUCUGUGCUUCUUCCCCAGACUGCAGACCUGGCCUAUGUCAAACAAAUUGCUUGCUCAAUUGUGGAUCAGAAGUUUCCUGAAUGUGGCUUUUAUGGGAUCUAUGACAAGAUCCUCCUCUUCAAGCAUGACACCGGCAGCAGUAACAUCCUGCAGCUGGUCAAGGCUGUGUCGGACAUCCAGGAAGGGGACCUGGUGGAAGUUGUUUUGUCAGCUGCUGCUACAUCCGAGGACUUCCAGAUUCGCCCUCACGCGUUAAACGUGCACUCGUAUCGUGCGCCGGCAUUCUGCGAUCACUGCGGCGAGAUGCUUUUCGGCCUGGUGCGUCAAGGACUCAAAUGUGAUGGCUGUGGACUGAAUUACCACAAACGCUGUGCUUUUAGUAUUCCCAAUAACUGCAGCGGGGCGAGGAAGCGGCGUCUGUCCACCACGUCCCUCACCAGCAGUCAGUCUCUGCGUCUGUCCACUGCAGAGUCCCUCAGUAGUCUCAACAGCAGCGUGACGUCUGAAGAAGCCAGUCUCAUCCGAUCGCACACCCAGAUGCCCCGCACCCCCAGUGAGGCCAGGCGCUUCUACACCGGGCGGCCCGUCCACCUGGACAAGAUCCUCAUGACUAAAGUGAAGGUCCCGCACACAUUUGCCGUUCACUCGUACACGCGUCCCACUGUGUGUCAGUACUGCAAGAGACUGCUGAGAGGACUCUUCCGCCAGGGACUCCAGUGCAAAGACUGCAAGUUCAACUGCCACAAGCGAUGUGCAUACAAGGUCCCAAAUGACUGCUUAGGGGAGACUCUUGACAUAUUAAGUCCAAGCACAGACACGGAGGUGCCGAUGGACUACAGUAAUGAGUAUUCUGACACUGACAAGUCAUCUCUGAUGGACGACUCAGAUGAGGCCUGCAGUAUCCCUGGGUCUUUCUCCCCAGACAGCAACCAGGACGGAGCCAGUGGAGAGCAGAGUGCUAAUAUUCCUCUGAUGAGAGUGGUGCAGUCGAUCAGGCAGACCACACGUCGCUCUAGCACAGCCAUCAAGGAAGGCUGGAUGGUUCACUACAGCAACAAGGACACACUGAGGAAGAAACACUACUGGCGCCUGGACUGCAAAUGCAUCAUCCUGUUUCAAAACGACACCACCAACAAAUACUACAAGGAGAUUCCGCUCUCAGAAAUCCUUCAGGUCCGUCCGGCAGGUGAUUUCUCUCUCGUCCCUCUCGGCACAAGCCCCCAUUGCUUUGAGAUCAUGACGGGUACCAUGAUCUACUUCGUUGGUGAGGACCCCAACACCACCCCGUCCCCCUCAUCCAGUGUGUCUGGUCUGCCCAUCUCCGCCAGCCCCAGCUGUGUUGCACCCAAUAGCGGGGUGGGGCGAGAGUUCGCCAAAGGAUGGGAGACUGCUAUACGUCAAGCCCUCAUGCCAGUCAUCUUUCAAGACAACCCUCCAGCAGAAGGUCACACUCCUCACCGGCAGGCAUCAGUCAGCAUCUCAGUGUCUAACAGUCAGAUUAAGGAGAACGUGGACAUUGGAAUGGUGUACCAGAUCUUUGCUGAUGAGGUUCUGGGCUCUGGACAAUUUGGUGUGGUAUAUGGAGGAAAACACAGGAAAAGUGGCCGGGAUGUAGCUGUGAAGGUGAUCGACAAGCUUCGGUUCCCUACCAAGCAGGAGAGCCAGCUGAGGAACGAAGUAGCCAUAUUGCAGAGCCUGCGACAUUUGGGUAUAGUGAAUCUCGAGUGCAUGUUUGAGACGCCUGAGAAAGUGUUUGUGGUGAUGGAGAAACUUCACGGUGACAUGCUCGAAAUGAUUCUGUCAAGUGAGAAAGGACGACUUCCUGAGAGACUCACCAAGUUCCUCAUCACGCAGAUUUUGGCUGCUCUGAGGCACCUUCACUUCAAAAACAUAGUGCACUGCGACCUCAAGCCUGAGAACGUGCUAUUAGCAUCAGCGGAUCCUUUCCCACAGGUGAAACUUUGUGACUUUGGUUUUGCUCGCAUCAUUGGAGAGAAGUCUUUCCGCCGUUCGGUCGUGGGCACGCCAGCUUAUUUGGCUCCCGAGGUCCUGCUGAACCAGGGUUACAAUCGCUCUCUGGACAUGUGGUCCGUAGGUGUGAUCAUGUAUGUCAGUCUGAGUGGAACUUUCCCCUUCAACGAGGAUGAAGAUAUCAAUGAUCAGAUCCACAAUGCCGCCUUCAUGUAUCCACCCAACCCAUGGAAACAGAUCUCUCCUGAAGCUAUCGACCUCAUCAAUAACCUGCUCCAAGUGAAGAUGAGAAAGCGCUACAGUGUGGACAAGAGUCUCAGCCAUACCUAUCUACAGGAUUACCAGGCUUGGGUGGACCUCCGAGAACUGGAGUCAAAGCUUGGGGAGCGUUACAUAACCCACGAGAGUGAUGACAGCCGCUGGCAGCAGUACGCACAUGACCACACACUGCCCUACCCUCCUCACCUGGUGCCCCCUCCACCUGCGUCCGACGAUGACGAGCAAGAGGGUGUGGAGGACGCCGACAUGCAGGGGCUGACAGAGCGUGUUAGCAUCCUUUAAAGAAGAAAUUGAGGAGGAGGGCAAGAGAAAUGAAGAGUACUUGCCUGAACUAAAGCAAUUUUUAAAACUCAACGAGCAUAGGAUGGACGAUGUCACCUUUGUCAGGCCAUCUGAACUCUAACCUCUUUCAGCCAGGACUGCCGCAGAAUUGUUUUUGGAAUGCAGAUAUUAAGGCCGAGAAAGAACAGUUUUGGAUCCCAACCUAGACCUUUACAGUUUUUUUUUUUCCAAAAUUGACAAGUCUGUUUAA